GGUUCGGCGGACCGUCAGGACUCAGGGGCCACUGAGGAGAAGGAGAAGAAUGCCCAAGUCCAGCUGGAUAAGGCCAAGUUUAAGCCUGUUGCUUUCGCCGUGCGCACAAACUUCACCUACACUCCUGCAGAUGAUGACAACGUCCCCAUACCAGGACACGGGGUUUCUUUUGAGGCUAAAGACUUCCUACAUAUCAAAGAGAAAUUUAACAAUGACUGGUGGAUUGGACGGCCUGUAAAGGAAGGGGGAGAGGUUGGUUUUAUCCCCAGCCCAGUCAACCUAGAGACGAUUCUGAUCAGAAGAGAGGUGCAGGCUAGGAAGGCCGCCAAAGCGCUGGCCAAUAAAGCGGCUAAUGCUUCCAAAGAUGAUAUGAAUGCAAAGAAAGCAGCUCCGCCACAAACAGUUCAGCAAGUAAAGAAGAAAUCGGGAGAGCAACUGGCUGCGUAUGAUGUUGUGCCUUCCAUGCGUCCUGUGGUGCUCAUGGGGCCUUCGCUCAAGGGCUAUGAGGUUACAGACAUGAUGCAAAAAGCUCUCUUUGAUUUUUUAAAACACAGAUUUGAAGGAAGAAUUACUAUCACCCGGGUGACGGCAGAUAUUGCACUUGCCAAUCGAUCGAUCCUCAACAACCCCAGCAAGCACGCCAUAAUGGAUCGCUCCAACACUCGCUCCAGUUUAGCCCAAAUCCAAGGAGAGGUUGAGAGGAUUUUUGAGUUAGCACGCAGUCUACAGCUUGUGGUUCUGGAUGCUGACACCAUUAACCAUCCUCUCCAGCUAAGCAAGACCUCCUUGGCCCCGAUCCUGGUGUAUGUCAAGAUUUCAUCACCCAAGGUUCUGACAAGAUUGAUAAAGACCAGGGGCAAAUCUCAGACUAAACAUUUGAAUGUCCAGAUGGUGGCCGCAGACAAACUGGCCCAGUGUCCAAAUGAGCUGUUUGAUGUCAUCUUGGAUGAGAACCAGCUGUCAGAUGCCUGUGAACACAUCGCUGAUUAUCUGGAGGCCUACUGGAGAGCCACACACCCUCCUGAAAUGGAGCCUCCCAACCCCAUGCUGGAGAAACUGGCAGAAAACACACUCCCCACCAGCCCCACACCUGCUAAGGAUGAACAGAAAAGCAAGAAGACGGCUGCCACUAAGAGAAAAGGAUCUCAGGAGCACCAGCAGGAGCAUUCGCCCCAGGCUCAGGAGACGAGAGAGGAGGAGGAGGAGGAAGAAGAGGAAGUGCAGGAGGAGGCAGAGGAGGAGGAAAGGCUCCUUCGUAGUGAGCCAAAGAGACACAGCCAUCAUCAUCACCACCAUCAUCACCACCACCACCGCUCCAGCACCAGCCGACCAACAGAGCCCCACAACAAACACCAGCACCACGUGCGCCACCAGCAGCCCGCUGACAUGGAGCUGCUCCCUGCUAAAGACGCUUCGUACGCGGAGUCCCGGAGCAGGCGCACGCUCCCGGUCGAGGGCGACCCGGACCAAACCGAGGUCUACCACAAUAGGACUACAACUCAAAGGGACAAUAAUCACCACCAUCACAACCAUCACCACCGACAUCACCACCACCGCCGCGGGACAACGGACGCUCUACCGGAUUAUUCUCACCACGGGCAGCAGGACUACGAGCUGGAGCACAACGAGCACAACAGGCAACAGAGACAGUCGAGCCAGCUGCGCUCGCACAAACAAUCACACCACUAUGCUCACUCGCACCACAAUCACUAUCACUACCAGGAACGGGAGCGGGACAGGGAGAGGGACAGAUGCGCAGAGACCGAGGAGUGGACUGAAGACAUGUACAUUCAUCGCUGAGAUGGACGUUGUUUUAAUGCUGCUAUGUGAAAUGCUGGCUACUGUGUACUCAGGACAACAUAGUUUCUGUUUCUUUAUCCGUUCUGCUGCAUUAUUUACCUUCUCUGGUCAUCUAAUUUCCUUGAUUUUGAGUUUUCAUUCAUAUAAUUCUGUGUUCCUCUGCCUUUAUAUUUGUCUUUUGGUAUCAGGGCCACGACUACUGCAUUUUUAAAUGAUUUCAGCACAUUGGUCCUUCCAAUCCUGAGUAUGUGGUUACAUCUUUGCUUGUUACUCUUCCUGUUUCAUAAAAUGUACAUAUGCAAACUGGUCAUGUCUUUUACUGCUAUGCUCUUACCCUUCUUUAUUUAAAGCCCCUAGGAAAGAAAACUGAAUUUUUUGUUUUCUGAAUUUUUUUUUUUUUUUUUUUUUUUUUGUGGAACAUGCUGCUACUCUAGUGGUAGAUAUGGAAAUAUUAAGAAUAUAAUAAGGGACUAGCCACUUCUGAUAUAUUACUUAUGGAUUCACAGGGUGCUGCUAUUGGCUGCAUGAAAUUUAGGCAAAAGAUCUCUUUGGUGAUUGUCUUGGGCUUUUCACUUCAAGGAUUGGAAGGUCUGUCUAGUAAUGACUGUCUAGUCAUUUUUGAUACAUUUUAUCCACCUUAUUUUUAACAUAAGAGUGCUGCCAUUUGUAAUUGAAAUGUGCAAGGCUUCCGGUGUCAUUCGCUUCCAGUUAUUUUUGCUUUACAAAAACAAUCCGUUAUGCUGCUUGAUAUUGCAAACUGGUAUGCGCUGAUUUGUAUUACAAUGAAAUUUUAGUUUAAAAUAAUUUUAUUAGCUAAUUAUUAGUUAUUUACCCAUCUCACCUAAUGAAUCGGAAGUCUCGCACAUUCAUAUAAAAAUGCUAAAAAAUAGGGUGGAUAUUUUGGAUGUUAAAAUAUUUUCUCUUAUGCUAGUUUAAAAUACAGAAAAAAAACCCCAAGAAAUUUGUAGGUUGAAAAAUAUAAACACUGUGGCUCUGUGGCACAACACAAAAAAUUAUUUAACAUCUCAACUACGGUUGCCAGGUUUUCACAACAAAACCCAUCUGAUUGCUACUCCAAACUAGCCCAACUGCGUUUCUGUAAAAAUCGUGUUCUGGGGGGUAAAAUAAAGCAAUAAGCCCCAAGAAUUUUUUAACAAAUAAGGUCGUUGUUAUAUAUGAUGCGAAGCGGAGUGUCUAAAACCCCCUUAUAAAUUUACUGUAAACCAUGGCUUCACAGGGAUUAUUGCUUUUAUAAAACGGUUAUUCCAUAUAGGUAGAAAGGUUUCACAAAAUAAAACAGCGGUUGUGGUUGCAACAAAGUGGUUGCCGAGCAACCACAAAACAAAGGCGUGUGUUUGUAGAGUAAUUUACAACAGCUUCGAAGGCAGCUCAACCAGUCAGAAUUAAGGACUGGAACUAUCCGUUUUAUAAUACACAUAGCCCAAUUCUGUGGGAAAACCACAGAUUUGGCAACACUGAUCUCUACCAGCCUGACAGCAACCGUGGCUCAAUUAGUGACGUAGGUUUGGGGGCAGGACUAUGUAUUUUUGAGACCAAUGGCAGAUGGGGGGAGUCUUUAAGGCGCCUGUCUGAAAAGCAGCACUGUGAAGAAUGAUCCAUGUAUGACAUCAAAGUACCGCAAGAGCGAUUCGAAAGCAUACAGAUCCGUCUGCCGUCUUAUCACUCCCGCAGUAUUUUGAUGUCAUACAGCUUCAAUUCGAGCACACCUGUUAUGCCGUAUAAUUCCAAUUGGUGACACUACUAAGCGGUUGCAAACUCAGUUUUAAAGUCAGUGACACAUCUCAGAGGGACACAGAAUAUUUAGUGAAAGCAGAGUUUGUAUUUUCAUACUUCAAUUUCACGUUGGCUUUAAUGUAUACAUAUUUCAGUGUUUAGUUUGGCCUGGUUUUGUAGCUUGUCUGUCACAAAAAUCAAUUCAGAUUUUGUUCAGUAAAUUUCCAUACAUCAAAAGAUUUCAACCAUGUCAAUACAAAGACCUUAGCUAUAAAAAAACAUAGUCAUGUAAAACCAACUCUGGAGCCAUACUAUGUUAUUUGCUCGUGCAAAAUUAUUUCAGAUGGACACUUUUAAUGUUUAUGAACAUGGUUUCAUUCUGUUCCAUAUUUAGAAUAUAUACAAUGUGAUCAUUUUUAGCCAAUCAGCUGCAUGUAUAUAUGAUUUUCAAAAUGUUUGUUUAAAUAUAUACAGUAUAUAUCGAAUGGAUAUUUUUUUCCUUAAUUGUUACUUUCAUCUUCGUUAAGUAAAAGGCACACUCAAAUGUCCUGAGAUAAAUAAGUACAAUGAUUCAGAAAACACCAAUUUUAUUACAACAGCAUGGUCAAA